AUGUCACAAGAGGAAGUGAAGGCCAACUUGCCGAUGGAAUUUAAAAUCUACGCAGACACGCAUGUCAUUGUUGACUGCACCGAGCUUAGGUGUCAGACACCAUCCUCUUUUCUGCUGCAGAGUGAGAUGUUCUCCAACUACAAAUCCCACUGCACAAUGAAGGCAUUAGUGGGAAUAGCUCCUCAUGGACCGAUCACCUUUGUGUCCUCACUGUACAAAGGCCCCAUCAGUGACAAAUACAUGUUCAUACAGUCUGGCAUCCAACACCUUCUCACCGAGGACAUGGCAGUAAUGGCCAACAAAGGGUUCCUCAUCGAUGACCAUGUACCAGUGAAGGUCUACCGUACCCCAUUACUCUCAAAAUAGAGCCAAAUGCCAACAGCAGAAGUACAUCAGACACAAGAGAUCGCACGCCUGAGGAUCCAUAUGGAGCGGGUGAUUCGGAGGGUGAAGGAGAACAAGUUGUUCAACACCAACAUUCCCCUAGCUAUUGCAGGAAGCAUCAACCAGCUCUUCACUGUGGCAUGUCUGCUCUCCAACUACCAGUGUAGAGCUCUUGUCAAGAAAUGGGCCAAGGAGGUGUGA